AGGAGGAGGCGAGGGUGGCUGGCGGCUGUUAUUAGCGGCUCCUCUUUCUCCUCCCUCAGAGAGCCGCUCGCUUUGUACCGCCGGAUGCUGCGCCAUGGCCGCCCGAAGAGCCGCUGCCGCGCCCCCUUCUUCCUCCUCGUCGCAGUCGCCGUGGUCCGGGCAUGAGCGGCUCCGUUUCGGGGAGCGGCUGCAAGCCAGCCUGGCCGGGUUGGUGGAGCUGGAGCUGCUGAGGGAGAGGCAGCGGGAGGCCGUGCAGAGAGCGCUGAGCGGCCCUCGGGGGGAGCAGCAGCCACAACAACAGGAAGAAGACCAAGGCAAGAAGCUGUUGUGUACCACCACUGCCAAGCUAGACUGGAGCAAAUCUGAAGAUUUGCUGGAGGCUCCCAAGACAACCCAGGCUUCCUUCAGCUCAUCAGAAAACAUUGAGAUGGAUCUUGGAGUGUUGCAUGCUCAUACAGGAGACAGAUUGGACAAGGCGUGCUUUGGGUUGCAAAUCAUUAGUGAACAGCUCCCUCUCCGGAAGAAAGCCGGGAUCAAUGGAGGUGACACCCAAGAGAUAUUAGAGGCUGACUCUAGGCCAAGCUCAGGAUUCUAUGACACCAGCGAAAUGGGCUCCUUGACUGAUUCCUGUGCCUCCAUGCAUAGUGAGGGGCCUGGAGGUUUGUGCUGCAGCAUUGGCUCCUUCCCUCAUCUACCAGGAUUGAGAGAGAGCAGCUUUGCUCGCCCACACUCUACUGAUGAAGCUGCUGUCCGCCUCCUGGACCUCCAAAUUCAGCAUCUCACCUUGGCAGCAAACAUUCGAGGCAGUGAUAGCAGGAGACCUGUAUCAACAGGAGAUAUUGAGUUUCUCUUGGGCCUAGGAGACUUGUCCCUCCCGUUACCAAAGAAUCCAAACCAUCAGCUGCUGCAAUAUAAGUCAGACCUUGUCUCCCAAAACACCAGUGAAAUCUACCACUAUCCAAGUCCAUUGCAUGCAGUAGCUCUGCAGAGCCCACUCUUCACCAGCAGCCUCUCCCAGAGCUCUUCCCAAGAAGAUUUUGAUGAAGCCCCCCAGGAACCUGCCCAGACUGACUCUCCAAAGAGAGUAGCUACAUGCUCCCAGGAGCAGCAGAAGGUGCUGUUGGAUCAGUACAUUGCCAAACUGGUGCUGCGCUAUAAGUGCCGUUCAAAAGCCAGCAGGACAGAAACUGGAUACCUAGCAGGGAAUCCAAAGAGUCUGUCAACAUCAUCUGUCUGCAGUUCUGUGCUUGGUGCCACCCAGCUCUUUGCCCCAGCCCCUGGAUGGAAGAUCAGACGACACAUCUCCACUUGUUCCCACUUACGUUCUCCAGAAGGUUGUGAGGGCUCACAGGAGUCUCAAAUCUUGGACUCUCAAGGGGACUUCAUUCCAUUCCUGGAGAUCAGAUCCAACAUCACUAACCUUAUUAAAGCUAAUGAACCUUCAGUGAUGUCUCUCCCUGAUCCUCUCCCAUGGUACCCGGAACCUACUUUCAUCCCCUAUCCAGACAGGCACCCUGUUAGUUCAGAGAAGGGGGUUCUGGGCUGGGCAGAUGGGGCCCAAAGGAACAAGGUCCAGGUUGAGACUCCCACUAGAAAGGGAGCCUCUUUGCCUCAAGAUACCACAGACUUUGACAAGCUAUAUAAAGGCAAACAUGCUUCUCGGCAAUUGGUGAAAACAGCUGAGAGGCAAGAGAAGACAGGUGAGAGGAGUUGGUUGAGUCCCCGCGAGCUGCUGCACCGACUGAGCCUUCGUCGCCGGCCUUCCUCUCGUGUGGGAAGCAUGGCUUGUGCCAGCUCAGAAAUGAAUGUCAAUGUAGCAACAGGGCUAGUGUGUCACAGUGGCCCUCAAACUAGCAAAGACAAAACCAUCAAGUCAAAAUGGACCUCGGUCAUGGAGAUCUCCAGCAAGACGCCUGGUUGGCAUCGGCUGAAAGCCAGCAUCUUCCCCCCAUCCCACAUGCUGACCCACCAUCUCGCUUUCUCCUCUGACUCACCUGCCUCAUUUUGCUUUUUGGAUGAAAACCACUCUGAGCAGCCACCCCAACAGCAGGCUGUGCUUACUGGCAUCAGGUCUAGCCCUGGCAAGGUAGAAACUACAACUGCCAUCGAUAUGAACGGGGACUGGAUUUUCCAUCCUCUUGGAAACAGGUGGUCCCAAGCCUCAGCCACUCUGGACUCCACUGACUUGCCAGUCCACAGUUUCAAGCUUCGUCGUAGCCGUUCUUUUAAGGAGCUCAGGAAAGCAGUGUCACGUUCUUUCAGGGGUUCCAGAACCACCAAAUGAGUCCCCCCACAAAGAGACCAGAAGAUCUAUUGGGAGAAAAACGAAGUGUGUACAUGAUGAAGCAUUUUACCAUUGUAGGCUUGUAGUAUUUUCCAUUUCCCUACCUGUCACAGACAGACACUUGACAAAAAGAGGGUGGACACAAAUUUAAGGUGCAUCAUUCUAUUUGACCAUAGAUACUGAAGCCUUGGAAUACCCAUUGAUUUUUAUGAAACCAAAACUGAAGCUGAACUCUGAUAAUCUUUGGAUUUUUUUUAUUGUGGGGACAAGCAUUUCUAGCUCACAUUUCUUACUGUCUUGCAGCAUGGUAGAUUGGAGGAAUGGCAAGACUGUGGCAUACUUUGAUUUUCCAGAAAAUAUUUCUUUUGCCAUUUUCUCCUCACUACUGUAGUAGGAAAAACAUGUAGAGUUUUUUGGGUACAGUUCUAAAUUUUGUGAACCACUGAGCUUGACAUGGCCUUACAAGUCUUUGAAAAACCAUUUUCAUAUUUUGGUUUAGUUCUGCCAAAGAGGUUUCCUGAGACUCUGGGAGGGCUGUCCCAGCUAGUGUAGAAAGUGGAAUUUCAUUUAAUGUGUCAAGUUAUUACAGGCCUAGUGUCAUUCAGGAGUGCAUGUUAUUCGUUUCUGGAAUUAGGCCAGAAGACCAAAGCCUACAUUUUUCCUAUCCCAAGUGUCUGGGCUACUAGCCUUUCCUUUGUGUUACACCUCUGGUCUUCUUAAGAGCCCUGAAUGAAGAUGGUCUUAGUUUUUCAUUGUACUUGAGCCCUUUCAUAGGUUUUGUCAAGAAGCAUCCCAAGUUUCUUUCCAGAACCUUCAUUCUAGAAUUCUUACGUUUCAAAGGAAGAGAUCCUAAUCUUUUGUAUGUCCUUAUCCCUGCCACCUUAACUAAAAAGAAAUAGCAGGCAGAUCAUUUUAAUCCUUUUGUUAUUUUCACUCUGCUUUGCUCUCUGAAAUCCAGCCCCCCCAAAAUCAAAUGUGAAUAAGACUGAAAUUAGAAAAAAACAUUUUAAAUGAAGAGGUUUCUUUCCUAAUUAUUCUGAGGGUUAUCAAGCCAAUUUGUUAUGGUCAGUGUGUUGAAUUGUAUGUGGCUUUGUGCAUGUAUGGGACAUCUUUGAUCCACAGAACUCUCUAACUCAGCCUAUAAGGUACUCCAGGAAUAUACGUUUCCCCCUUUACUAAGGCUGCAUCCGCACUGAAAAAAUAAUCCAGUUUGACACUACUUCAACUGCCAUGGCUAAUUGCUAUGGAAUUCUAGGAACUGUAGUUUGUUGUGGCACCACAGCAAAGCAGUUACAAGGAGGAAAUUAAAAGGAAGGGGGGAACCCAGCUGAGUCACAUAGCUAAGUGUUGGUUAGUUGUCCCCCACCUCAUAUUUUUGCUUGGAAGAGAAGGAUGGAAGUGUAAUCUCUGAGGGCAGAGAAAGUGGUGGGAAGCUUGUGUUUUGGGGAUCAGCAUUUAUUGUUUGCCUGUGCUAUCUGGAGCCUUGUGUGGGUGUUUUUGUUUGGUUUUGGCUGUGUGUUCUGCUGGAGUAUAUGGGCUAAGGGGCAGGGCUCCUACUGAGUCGCUGACAUGGCUGGGAGUGGAGCUAGCAGCUUCUAGUUCUAUUUAGGUGCUGCCUCAGUCUUAAGCUCAGCAAAUAGGAAUAGAAAAAGAAGCAUCUUUGUGGCCACUUCGUAGUGGACUUUUAGGGGGGUAGCCUGGACAGCUGUGCUGCUAUGUAUGAAUCUGGAUGGUGAUGAAGUUGUUGCAGUGAUGUGCAGUAUCUGUGCAGCGUUUGUUUUCUUGCCACUGGAUUUGCUGUGUUAUCCCUGCAGCAAAUACAGUCUGCUUGUUCUCUUGGAGGAGAAGGUGCUGCUGAAUUCGGCAGUACAGCCAAGCUGUGGGCCUGUGUCUUCAGAAGGGAGAGCAAUGACAGCCAGAGCAGUCUGGUUUACCUUUUUUUUACUUUUGAAAUUUUAAAAUUAAAAUUACAAUACAUGCAGUAAAUAAUACAAGAAGUUAUCAUUUAAACCAUCCUUUUAAUCUCAUCCUUCCUGAUUUAUUCCUGAUGUUUCACCAGCAGCUGUGUCUGGCACCUCUAAUCAUACAAAACACUUCCCUGUCAAUCCUUGUACUGUACUUAAAAAUUAGCUCUAUUUACUUGUCUAGUUUUAUUAAUGUAAAUCAUAUGUUCCACUAGUCAUAGGCAGAUUUCCUAUUCCUUUUUGACCGAUGCUCAGGUACUGUCAAAACUUCAGUUAAGACACUGGCCAGGAGCACCUCUGUCUGCAUUAAGUUUCAGUUGGUUUGUCCUCAUCCUUUCCAUUACUGAUGAUAGGUACUGGGAAGAGUUCUUAUUCUACCCUCUGGCUAUUGGCUUAUGGAGUAUCUCAGGGUUCAAUUUUUAUUUUUGGGUUUUAUUUAUUAAUUUUUAAUAUGUAGUAAUAAUAGUAACAACAGUGAUCACAAUAUAUGCAAUCAUCUGCUUAAUUACUAAACAUAAUCUCUGUCAAUUUGCAACAUAGUUGUAAAUUAUCUUCCAAAUGAUUACAUGUUGUCCAGAUACACUCUUAACUUUUAAUAAUAUUUUUAUCAAAGUGGAGCUUGAUCUAAAGAUGGUUUAAGUCCAGUAUUAACAUGAGCUACGUAAACAAAAAAUGGCUUUCAAGUGUUUUCAAAUCUUUUAUAUCCCCUUACUACUCUCACUUUAAUAUUUCUGAAAGUGCUAUGGAUCCUAUUCUGCUUAGCCACUUUUGUACUGACAGGUUUUCUGAUGUUUUCCGUACUUUCAAAAUUUCUAAUCUUGUGGCACUUACCGUAAGUGCUAUAGAUCCUUAUUUGGCAAAUUUAAUAUGAAAGUGAUUAAUAAUGCUCCUCGAAAAUAAACUUUUUGACCUAACAUUUGGCUUAGCAGAAUAUGAUCCAUCCUAAUACUUCUUCUCAGAACUUUAAUACUUUUGGAUAUGGUAACCACAUAUGUUCCAAAUGUCCUAUAUUUCUACAAACCCUCAGAACACAAUUUUGUCACUUGAAAUUUUGUUUAUAGUUUUUAAUAUCUUCUCUGGCCUGGGCAGAUAUUGAUAUUUAGUUUUCACCCUCUGCAAGAACCCUUGGCUCUUUCAGCCCCCUGGUCUUACUUCACCCAUGAGGGCCAUGGCCGUCCCUUUGUUCAUAUUAUCUUCCUUGCUGUUGAGGAUGCAUAUGGCCUCAGAAUAGACCCUUGGGAUCUGGGGGCUGUUGCGCUGUUUCAUGGCCCUGAGGGUGGCAGAAAAUCACAGGAAGUGACCCUUGGCAGCAGAAAGGCCAGACAGUGGGGAUGAUGAGAAGGGCCACAUAGAGCUCCCUGGGUGGCUAGGACAAAGAAACCCCCGGCCUCCUUUCCCUGGACCCCUUUUCCUUUGAAGGCACAAGGGGCUACGAGCUGCUCUCAGUCUAGCCAUGGAGGAUGGGGAGAAAACACACCCCAAAUACUGGUCUCUCUCCCCCUGUGCUCUUGUUUGCCAGCUGCAUGCAGAGCUUUCUGGGCAAGGGUGCCUAUGGGAAGCUAGAAGCAGGCAUUUAAAUGCACGUCAUUGAAACGUGGGUCACUCCAUGCUGAGCUUCCCACAUUUGACAACUGAUUGGCAGUUCUUUUAAAGGAGAGAGAAAUCAUCUCUGGUCCAACAGUGUGUUUGUUUGAUUUGUCAAACAGCUUGAUUUAUUUCCUGGGAGGGAGAAGUGAGCCUUCUAGCGGUACUUAACAGCACUUCAGUUGAUUACAGAAACCAAAGUGUGCUGCAGGAGUCCAAAAUAAUUUUUCAAAGCCCUGUAAAAAGGAGCACUUUUUGAUUAGGCCAACAGUCCUCCCAGUCCAGCAUCUUCACCCCACAAUAGCUAGCCAGUGGCUUGUGCUCUGGCAUGCUUCCAUGGCUUGUGGUGUUUAGGGAUGAGAUGCCUCUCCUGCACACCUAUUUCCAUGAAACACAUGCAAAACAGAAGGUCAGCAGUCCUCCUUCAUUGUUCAUUGUCAGCAGCUGGUAUUCAGAGAUGGAAUUAAUGAGAGGAUGAAGAUAGCUUUAAAAUGUGAUUUGUUAGAUUUGUACAAAUAUCACUACUUACUAUUCAUGGUGGCUGUAAGUUUUCUUCAGACUUGUUUCCAAAUUCCAUUUGCUUGAAACAUUAGCAGGAAGCUGCUGUUGUGAUCCUGUCUUGAUGGGAGAUUUCUGGUUCUCAUUGGGAGAAAACAAGCCACAGAGUUCGUUGGGCCUUUAGUUUUAUCCUUCAUGGGUUUUUAUCCUUCUUGGGUUUUUACAUUCAAAUAGUAAUGUGAAG